CCGAGAAGAAAAGUCUCUACACUCCAACUCUUUGGAGGUUUUCCGAACGAUGGCUGUUGUUUUCUCUUAUACAAGACAAAAUUGUCGAAAAAUCUUACAAAAUCUUCUAAAUUGUAGCUAAAUUUUACACUAGUUUUACAGUGCAGUAGUUAAGUGUUCGAUAGGUGUCGAUAAGGUUACAUCAAUUUAGGCGUAAAUGUUAGAUUUGUGGAAAAGAAAAUCGUACCAAUAUCAAUCGCUACUAUUUAGCAUAAGACGGAAAAAUCCACUUUUCCGCAGUUUUUUCGUGCUCUAGACAUAGAACCGUUUGAAGAUAUCUGCUAUUUUGAGGCACAGAGUGAUUUUUCGUGCACCAAGUUACUAACAUUUAAGGAUCGAAGCUCAUAAAGCCGAGCAAAACCCCAGAAAUCGAUUGUUGGUUUGUUGCUUUUGCAUGGGUCAUAUCGAUAAGAAGCCAGAGACAACACAGAGAAAAAGCGAAUCAAGGAUGAAAUUUUGCAGAAUUGAAAGCACACGAGGAAUUUCUGACCGUUGUCGACGCUGUUGUUGGUAUUGUUGCAGCAUUGUUCCUGCUCCUAAGCAUUCAGGGUGCAUUUAAGCCAAAAUUGCGAGGCCAUUUUAGUUCGUUCAUUUGGACCCGAAAGCAACGCGAUGGAUGCUGGUGUGCUGAUUGCCUGCCUAGCACUGGUGGGAACGUUGCUGAUUGUGCUGAUGUUGCUGUGUCGAUUAGUGCAGCCGUACGACAUUGCCUGGUUUUUGUCCAAUCGGGAGGAUAAACUUAACCUGUCCAAGAUGAGGCUGUAUAAUGCGAACGGAUAUCUGAUGCAUUCCGGCUCGGAGAUCUAUCUCGGGUCGACCGGGAGCUUCCAACGGUUUGAUUCCGUAGAUCGUGACUACAAACCCCAAUAUGGCCAAGGAUCCGGUCUCACCGUCCCGCCAUGGCGAACUUCAUCCACCGAAGAGGCUGAAAUACCUCCUCAGCCAUUGAGGCCAGCACCCUCACCCAAGGAACCGAAAUUAACCCGAGAGAAGGCUAUUCACAAGCAAACAUCGGAGCCCAAGCCUCCAACCGGAGCAAUAAUCAUAUCCCCGAUACCGCGUCCCGUUCCUCGGAAGCAGCACUCGGCCCCGAUAUCAUUUCCACUGCCAGUACUCAGCUCACCCCGAGAAAAGCGCUUCCAUAAUGAACCUCACAUAUGCACUAAUCCCUUCCUCAACGAACCUCCUCUCAAAGAAGAGAACGACCCACUCGUCCCGCCCCCAUCGCCCCCGUUUCUACAACGGCUCAUUAGAUCCGCCAACAACCCAUUCCUGUCCUUCUCGGACUCCCGCAAGCCCGAAGAAGAAUGCAUCUUCAACUUUGAACCUGCCACAGUUCAAUCGGUCUUUGCCGAUGAAGACCCCCUCCGGAGGGCGGAGAAACGUCUCUCUAAAAUGGAGAAUCUUCGCAAAAUGUCCCGACUCAUCGAGAGCAAUCAAGUCCUGUUGAAUAUCUAUCAACAGUUCAACAAUCCCUUCGAUCGAUCCAACGAUAGUGAACCAACUCCGCCAUCGUCAGCUCGACAGCAACCUCCGCCAACGCGGAUAGCCGGACCCAGUUCAUCGUCAUCAACAUCCCCACUGAUUUCCCCAAAACUUCUAGAAACAACCUCAAAUCCAGUACCACCUCGAAUAUCUCCUCCCCCUUCAUGUUCACCCGUCCUUCCAACUGUCCGACCCGAUCACAGCAAGUAUCAGGACUCACCCCGGACGGACGUGGCCGACAACAUUCGUAUACCAACGGUGUCCAAUAGCAUCAAACACAUCCUCCGGAAUCGAUCCUUCUCCGAGACGGAGUUCAGCGAACGGAAGCUGAUCAAGAGCUUUGCCAUUGUGGCCGGGGAAACUAACCAAGGCGUGGGCAUGAGUGGUACGUCUCCACCGCCUCCGCCCCUAGUGAAGAACUCAUCCUACAAAGAUCUAGGGCGAUACUACGGAACGACGCAGCAGCAGAACCCUUUCGGAGGCGAAUCUGUGCUGCAGAAGACCGUAUCGGAAUCGUUCCUGGAGCGAUACUCUCUGGGAAGGGGAGAGUACCAGGAUUCGGAGGUGGCGGGACCGGCCGGAGUUGGAUCGAUGAUCGGAGCCGGGGCGUUCAACAGUGCCAGUUCAGCCGAUCGACUGCGAUCGGUAAUGCCUUCGACGUCCAGCGAAUCCGUUGCUUCGCAAUCGUCGGUGAUCUUCAGCGAUCUGGAACCGGUCCAGGCCAUUACCGGGUAUCUCUGCGUGGGAUUGCAGUAUGACAAAUCCAGCACGACAAUCGAAGGUAUGGAACUGCUGGUGACGAUACAGGAAGCGAAGCAGCUGCUUGGUCCGCCGGAUGUUGAGAUGGAUACGUUUGUGAAGGUGUUUAUCGUACCUGACGAGAGCAAGGUGCUUCAAACUAAGGUGUGCAAGGCUUCCAAUUAUCCUAGCUAUCAGGAAACGUUUAAUUUUUGGAUCACACAUAAGAGCAUUAGAAGGUCACUUUGGUUCCAUGUGUAUCAUACGAGUGCGACUGAGCAGACAUUAAUUGGCGAAUGCGAGAUGCAAAUCAACGAGAACAUCAGCCGACCGAUGACGACGUGGCUCAAACUGGUGGACUCGAGUCACAAGAAGAGCCAACUGGGUGAACUGAUGUUCUCCCUCAGCUAUCUACCGACGGCCGAACGGCUGACGGUGGUGGUCGUGAAAGCCCGUAACCUCAACCUCAAGACUCGGACCAAUAGAACCAGAGGGCAGCAGUUAGUGCAACAGAGCGCUAUCGACGAAGGCGAACCGACAACCGAAGAUCAACCGAUCGAGGUGGACUCCAACGAGAGCAUCUUCGUGAAGGUUUACUUGUUGAAGAAUGACAAGAAAGUGUCGAAGAAGAAAACUUCGGUCAAGCGAGGUGAGCGAUCGCCGAUCUACAACGAGGCGAUCAUUUUCAGCGUUCCGCCGUAUAUGCUGAACUCCGUUCAGAUCCGCCUGUCGGUGGUGCAGAUGACCAACCGGGAUAGCGGCAGUACCAAUACCAUUAACAACAACAACUACAAUAGCAACAAUCUGAUAAACCUUUAUGACAAUAGUACCAACAGUAGCAGCGGAAGCAGUUUGAACCGGAAGCCCAGUAUCAAGCUGGUCUCGAUCGGGCACGUGAUCGUGGGUAGUGGAACCACCGGGAAGGGUUUGCGUCACUGGCACCAGAUGUUGACCACACUGAGGAAGCCGGUGACCAUGUGGCACGCACUCAAGACCACUUCCGAGCGGAAGAGGAGGAAGCUGUCGACAGGGUCGGAGCAGGAACAGGACAGUGGGUAGAUAAUAAUCGGAGCAGGGCAAUCGCAGUAGGCGAUCUAAAUAGGCGUUACUGUUUAUGAUAAUAAUGGUAAUACAGUAAUAAAUUAAAAGUAAACUAUAAUUAUAUAAAGCGAUAGCUAAAAGCAGUUGAAGAUUAACAAAGAGAAGUAUUAUAAGUAAAUUAAAUCGUUAGAUAAGGGAUAAAGAAGUAAAAUUUCGUAUAUACCGUAUUUUUCUUCGUCGCCAAAGUUAUAUAUACAUUAUUGAUGAAGUAAUCAACAGUCGUACCAUACCAUUAACAAAUACGAUCUAGAGAAUCAUCUCGAAAAGUUUAGGGAAAAUCAUUCUUUAUUACGGCUCUUCUCGUAAGGCAAAUCUACAAGAA